ACUCGGGCCACCUCGCGUUGAUCCGCAGCGCUUUUAGAGCCUGUGACAGUCGCGCGCUUCUUCUCACUCUUUGUGAAUCCCAUACGGGUAAUUCAAUGGCGACCGACGGGCAGAAAGUGGUGCUGAUUACGGGCUGCUCGUCGGGGAUCGGGCUGCGUCUAGCAGUGCUGCUGGCCCGGGAUACUCAGCGGCGCUUCUACGUCAUCGCCACCAUGAGGGACCUGAGGAAGAAGGCCAAGCUGGAGGAGGAGGCAGGGGCCACCCUAAACGAGACACUUGUCAUCCGGCAGCUGGAUGUGUGCUGUGACGAGUCGGUCACCGAGUGUUUGAAUGGUCUCCAGGACAGAAAGAUUGAUGUGCUCGUGAAUAAUGCUGGAAUGGGUCAAAUCGGACCCCUUGAGAGUCUGAGCAUGCAGGACAUGCAAAAAGUGUUUGACACCAACUUUUUCGGUGCAGUGAGGAUGAUCAAAUCUGUGCUACCAGAUAUGAAGAGAAGGAAGAGCGGGCACAUUGUGGUCAUGAGCAGCGUGAUGGGCUUACAAGGUAUUGUGUUCAACGAUGUUUACUCAGCCUCCAAGUUUGCGAUAGAAGGCUUCUGUGAAAGCCUGGCAGUUCAGCUUCUCAAGUUCAACGUGAAUGUUUCUUUGAUCGAGCCCGGGCCGGUCAACACUGAUUUUGAGAUGAAGCUGAUGGAGGAAGUGGCAAAAUCUGAAUUCCCAGGUGCUGACGCCGACACUGUCCGCUACUUCAAAGAUGUCUACUUGCCGGCCUCGCAUGAGAUUUUUGUCACCCUGGGCCAGAGUCCUGACACUGUUGCUAAGGAGGUGAUAAAGGUCAUCGCAAUGAGGAAACCGGUCUUCCGCUACCUGACCAACAGUCUGUACACACCUUUGGUGGCCAUGAAGUACGCUGACGAAUCUGGAAAUCUGUCUGUCCGCUCCUUCUACAACCUUCUCUUCAACUAUGGUGCCAUUUUCCACCUCUCAAUGAACCUGCUCAAGUGCAUCACCUGUAACUGUUUCAGAAGGAGGACCGUGUCACCCAGCUGAGUGACAAGCACAGGAAGUUGUGACAAACAUCAACCAGCACGUCGGAGCAGGGAGUUGAGGUCGGGAGGUGAGGGGGGGAGAUGAAUGGGCGCAUGAACAAUGAAUGAAUUAUUUCAUAAAUGAAUUCUUCUUUCCUCGCACACCCCACAGACACGGCCAUUAGGGUGACAGACAGUAGCCCAGUGUGGCUGAGUGUUUCAUCCUUUGGUUCACAGUUGGUUCUGGUGCUGCCAUUUAUAGACUCUCUGUAAUGGUCCAAUUGGGUUAACAACUAGUAAAAUAAUCCGCCCAAUACACAAGAACAGUUUACCAGGAGAAGGUCCACCUUGUCUAUUUCUUGAGAAGCUGUAAUGAGUUGGCAUCUUGUCCGUAACUGGUCCCUGCUUUGUGCCAGAUGCUGCCAGGAUAGGCCCUGGCACACUGCAACCCCAAGCAGAAUCAAGUGAUUCUGAAAUGUAUUGAUGAGGUUUCUUUCCAUGUCCUCUGGACAUACACAGUUGAUCAACUGGCACUGCUAAGCUGACCCGGUGUGAGUGAGCGUGCCCUGUCAUGGACUAGCAUCCUCUCCAGAAUUGGCCCCUGCCUUGUCCUUGAUGUUGCCUGCUGGAAUACAGGUCAAUAAAUUGAUGGGAAUCAUCAACUAAACCGCUUUGCUCGAUAGGCAAAAAUAUGUUGAUGGGAAAAAAUAAGAAGUUGGCACAAGUUUGUGUGGUGCCCCCCACUUACCACCCCCUUCUCCACUGCCAGGGGCAUGGAGUGGAGACAUUUCCAAGAGCACCUUGACCUUUCUCAAGUAGCUGCGUAUCUGGGCACUGAGCUUCUGGUGUCAUUUUUUUUCCCAAAGUUUGCAACUUUUCUUGGGUAUGUGACCUCUGGAAUUUAAAGUGCUGCAUAGUUCUCUCUCGUUUCUUUCUGUCAAAGACACAACUGCUGAGUAAGAAUGUCGGAAUUGUUCUCCAAGCGCCCAGAGACUGCAGCCUGUCAAGCACGACCUUUUGAGAACAAAGACGAGACAAAACAUGGUCUCACGCUAGAGCGCCGCUCGUCACCUUCAAGUGCCUCCUGGUGUUGCAUUCUCUGAUUAUCAGGGGACUUUUGGGAAUGUGACAGACCCCAGGUGUACGUGUGCCCACACAGGCAGGGAGCUGUAAGGAGAACUACAGACUGGUGAACGCAUGUAGCUGUGAAAGGUCUAAAUCCAACUUCUAUGGCAACAUUGUGUGCUGGGCAUGCUGUCCUUAUACUGGAUAGAUAGAUAGAUAGAUAGAUAGAUAGAUAGAUAGAUAGAUAGAUAGAUAGAUAGAUAGAUAGAUAGAUA